AUGAAGGGCCUCAAGAAAGCUAUGAACCUUUCGCGUUCAAAAUCAAAUGACUCGAAUGGCAACCGCAGCAGCACAGCAGGCGGAGGAAGCGUCCCAGCACCUCCUCCCAAGGGCAGCAUCGUCCCUUCCAGCCCUGCUUACCAAGGCUCGCUCAAAUCUAGCAAGAAUGGCCCCAGCUCGGCGUCCGGCUCUUCCCACUCCCUCUCGAGCUCCGGCAACUCAACAGCGCCCUCGCAUGCACCCUAUGGCACUCCUGCCUAUCCUGGAAGUCAAGAAAUGCCCGUCGAUCCGAUCCCGCAUUCGAUUGCAACCGCCGGUCAGCCUUCUUCGUCCAUCACCCCUUUCCAUCACACAGGCACUCCAGGCUCGCCUCCACCUCCAGGCGCAGCAAUGGCUUCCUUGAGUAGCGCCGGCAUCGCACCUUCGGAGCUCGCGACCCCUCCCAAAGCAGGAUCCCUCAACCGAUUGCGCCAGAGUCCGUCCAAUGCAGGUCCCAAGGAUACCAUCCCCAUCACCGCCAAAACACCGCCACGAAAGCAGAGGAGUUCUCGAUUCCACGUCUCCGAGAAGGUCGAGCUCGAGAAGCUGCCUCACUUCAACGAGGUCGUACCUGCGGAUAGACCCGAGUUGUUCGUCAGAAAGUUGCGCCAGUGUUCCGUCGUCUUUGACUUCAACGACGCCAGCCAGGACAUGGACGGCAAGCAGACCAAAGCCGCCGCGUUGCACGAGAUGCUCGACUACAUCACCACCAAUCGCAAGGUCAUCACCGACGAGAUUUACCCGGAAGUGGUCGCCAUGUUCUCCGCCAACCUCUUCCGCUCCAUUCCACCACAAGUCAACCCCAUCGGCGACGCCUUCGACCCGGAAGAGGACGAGCCCGUUCUCGAGCUCGCCUGGCCCCACCUCCAGAUCGUCUACGAGUUCUUCCUCCGCUUCGUCGAGAGCCCCGACUUCAACACCAACAUUGCCAAAAAGUUCAUCGACCACCACUUCGUCUUGCAACUGCUCGAGCUCUUUGACAGCGAAGACCCGCGAGAGCGUGACUUUUUGAAGACGACGCUGCAUCGCAUCUACGGAAAGUUUCUCAACCUUCGUGCCUUCAUCCGAAGAUCCAUCAACAAUGUCUUUUUCCAGUUCAUCUACGAGACGGAACGUCACAACGGAAUUGCAGAGCUGCUCGAGAUUCUUGGAUCGAUCAUCAACGGUUUCGCUUUGCCGCUCAAGGAGGAGCACAAGACCUUCUUGACACGCGUGCUCAUCCCGCUGCACAAGGUCAAGAGCUUGGCGCUCUACCACCCGCAGCUCGCCUACUGUGUGGUGCAGUUCCUCGAGAAGGACAGCGCCCUGACCGAAGAGGUGCUGCUCGGGCUCUUGCGGUACUGGCCCAAGGUGAACUCGCCCAAGGAGGUCAUGUUCCUCAACGAGGUCGAGGAGAUCCUCGACGUCAUCGAGCCGUCCGAAUUCGUCAAGAUCGAGGUGCCUCUCUUCCAGCAGCUCCAGCGAUGCAUCAACAGCCAGCACUUCCAGGUCGCCGAGCGUGCACUCUACUUCUGGAACAACGAGUACAUUGUCAACCUCAUCGGCGACAACGUGCAAGUGAUCUUGCCUAUCGUCUUUUCGGCACUCUACCAAAACUCGAAAGCGCAUUGGAACCGCACCAUCCACGGUCUCGUGUACAACGCGCUCAAGCUGUUCAUGGAGAUCAACCCGGCGUUGUUCGAGAUGUGCACCAACGAGUACAAGCAGCAGCGUCAGAUGGAGAAGCAGAAGCUCGUCGACAGGGAGGAGGCGUGGAAGAGGUUGCGCGACACUGCCAUCAAGAACAGCAAGGCGAUCGGCGUCGAGAUGCCGGCGUCGCUCAAGGAGGAGCAGGCGGCGCCGGCGGGGAGCGUCAAUCCGUACGAUCUGGACGGCUUUGAUUCCGCGGCCGAUCUCACCGCGGGCGCAGACAGUCUGUUCCAGGCGAUGGGGCAGGGUGUCAACGGCGAAGUGUCUACGGCUGACUUUGACGACGUCGAGGCGAAUCGCGUCGCGCAAGAGACGGCGCAAGAAUCGGAAGCCACAGCGGCGGAGGACAGCGUCGACGACAUGAAGGAGUUCCCCGAGACGGCGCGUCAGCAGGUGGGCAAGUCCGAAUCGCCGCAUGUUCGACGCAAGAGCGUAAUUCCCAUGGACCCGACAGUGCUGGCCGAGCUGGCGGGACACAAGAGCUUGGACGGUGCGGAUUUGCGACAGCAGCCGUCCGAGGGAGCAUAG